UAGUUGAUAAACAUUGUGUCUUUUACAUUUCCCCAAAAGGAUAGUUUAACAGAAUCGUAAUGGAAAGUAACGUUAUAAUUCGCCUAGCUUGUGAUAGAGUAGAUAUCCCGUUGUUCAACGAAGAGGAAAGGAGCCGCCGUUUGUUCACACCUGGAGAAAUCGUCACGAGCGAACAAGGUUUCAUGCGCGGCCAUGGAACGUACAUGGAAGAUGAAAACAUUAAAUCAUCCGUCGCUGGAGUGAUGGUGCAGGUGAACAAGCUCAUCACCGUGAAGGCGCUGAAGGGUCGGUACGUCGGCGAGAUAGGAGACGUGGUGGUCGCUCGGGUUACCGAAGUCCAAGAAAAACGAUGGAAAGUCGAUACCAACUCUCGGCUUGAUUCCGUCCUGCUGCUGUCGUCGGUCAACUUACCCGGUGGAGAGCUACGCCGCCGUGGUGUGGAGGAUGAAAAGCAGAUGCGAAAGUACUUGCAGGAAGGUGAUUUGAUAUCCGCCGAAGUACAAAACGUCCACUCGGAUGGAGUACUUUCGUUACACACGCGAAGCUUAAAGUAUGGAAAGCUGUCCCAGGGGAUUUUGAUCAAGGUUUUCCCAUCGUUGAUCCAACGCCGGAAGACACACUUCCACAACCUACCGUGCGGUGCUUCGAUAAUCCUCGGAAAUAACGGGUUUAUAUGGAUAUCUCCGAUUACGAAUGCGGAAGGUGAAGGCGCAGGAGGUUUCACACAGAACCUAGAGGACGUAGUUACUAAACAGGAUCGGGAAACGAUAGCACGAAUCAGAAAUUGCAUUCUCGCUUUGGCGCACUGCAAAAUGAUGCUGUAUGACACGAGCAUACUGUUUGCAUACGAAGAGUCCCUGAAAUACGAAGUACAUGAGCUGCUCCAUCAAGAAGCCAUGUCGGAUGUUGCAUUCCUAACUCAGCAUCGUCUGGCAUUAUUGGAAAAAUAAAUAUUGCUCUUUUGCUGCCUUUGAUAAAAA